AAUCAAGCUUGUUUUAAUUACAAUUGCAGUAAUCGGAAUGCUGCAAAUUUUCGGGAUUACAAUUACAGUAAUCAGAAUCCUUAGUAAUCAAAAUGUAAUCCUAAGUGCCCAACUCGGAUUUAGCCCAUAGCAAGAGCUAUAAUAUUUACACAUCAAAAACUCUGUACCUAAACUAAAUUGAUUUACUGUAUGUAUGCAUGUUUUGUUUCAAAUUACAGCCAUUGAGUCCAAACCACCAGAAAUGCAGAAAGCUAUUGAUAUACUCAAAAAGUCUUCUAUUGAAAAAGUGAACCCUAAUUCAGUACGUGGCACUAAAGAAGGUAAGAGGCGUGCUAUAGUAGGACUUCAAGAACUAAAUGAACCCAAGCGCUCAAAAAUUGAAGAAUCAUCAAAUAUAGACAUUACUAAUAUCUUGGAAAAUUAUUCAGUCCAUAAGGACCUGAUAGAUGCCCGUCGAAAGGAAGACGAAGACAAAUAUUUUAGAAAACUAGAAAAGAAAGAAGCAAUGGAAGAAAAAAUGCUUAAAACGUAUAAAAUGCCCUGUAAAGCAGUCAUAUGUAAAAUUUUUGGAACCAGCUGAAACCAAAAAAACCAU